CGUGUAUCUCUAAAAGCGUUUGAUGUACAGACUUGAAACUUCUUGAAUGUAUUACUCGGCGUGUGAACUUGUGAAGGUGCAUCUGUGUCCUAUGGACACAUUUUCUAGUUUAAAUUAUUUUAAAUAUAAUCCAUUAACAAAUAUUCAAUGUUAAAUUAUCGAAACAUUUGUUAUAUUUACAGGGAUGUUUCUACCAUCUGACGCAAUCAACAUGGAGGUAUCUUCAAGGGGAAGGACUGCAGGCCACCUACAGGGAGGACCCAGACAUUCGUCAGUUCUGUGGAAUGUUGGACGGACUGGCCUUCCUUCCAGAGGAUCAGGUGAAGGAAGGAAUGGCGUACCUGAAGAGCCAGACUACAGAAGUCCUGGAGCCAGUAGUCGACUACUUCGAUCGGAACUACGUCAACGGCCCUUUCAGAUCUGUCAGAUCGCAGACCGGUGGCCUCAUCUUCCGACGCACUCAACCAAGGUUCGAGCCAGCCACUUGGAACGUCAACACAGCCACUUUGAACGACGAGGCCAGGACCAACAACGUGUGUGAAGCCUGGAACAAUGGGUUCCGGUGUCUCGUCGGCCACGUCAAUCCCUCGCUUUGGACUGUCAUCUCCUGCUUCGAGAAGGACGCUGCAAUGGUGGAAGCAGAGAUCCUCCGUGUCCAGAGAGGCCAGCCAUCAAAGAAGCCAGCGAGGAAGGGAACAGUACGAUACCAGAAGACGUUGAAGACCCUGUGCCAGCAGUUAUCCAAUGGACAGAAGACGGUCGAAGAGUUUCUGCAGGCCAUUGGGGGUCACAUCCGACUGCGUUAGGACUGAACAUCUGUAAUGUACCUGUAAUAUGAUAUGAUGAAUGUGCUAAAAUGAAUGUGCUAUUUUGAUCUUGAUUAGUGAAUUACUUAUCAUACCAUUCAGAGAACAGAAACGUAUUUUUUGCUGUAUAUACUUGUAUAUAUGAGUGCUAUAAAUGUGCUAUAUGACUUCUGAUUUGAAAUAAAAAUAUUAUAAAAGGAUUUACAUUGUUGUCUUACCUAAGCCUACAUCGUCACAUGUGUGACCUGAACGGUGUAAUCUGUAUUUAUAUGUAAUUAGUGACAAACAUACAAACUGGUGUAAAUCGGUUGGCAGUUUGCACGUAAAUUGAACAAAUAGUUAAAGA